AUGGCCGAAGCAGCGUCGACCAUCCCUACCUUCAAGCUCGUACUUGUCGGUGAUGGAGGAACCGGAAAGACUACCUUCGUCAAGCGUCAUUUGACCGGAGAGUUCGAGAAGAAGUACAUCGCGACUCUCGGUGUCGAGGUUCACCCUCUCGGAUUCAGCACAAACUUGGGCAAUAUUCAGUUCGAUGUCUGGGAUACUGCAGGACAGGAGAAGUUCGGCGGUCUCCGUGAUGGAUACUACAUCAACGGCCAAUGCGGUAUCAUCAUGUUCGACGUUACCUCUAGAAUCACCUACAAGAACGUUCCCAACUGGCACCGUGACUUGGUCCGUGUCUGCGAGAAUAUUCCCAUCGUCCUCACCGGCAACAAGGUUGAUGUCAAGGAGCGAAAGGUCAAGGCCAAGACAAUCACCUUCCACCGAAAGAAAAACCUUCAAUACUACGAUAUCUCCGCCAAGUCCAACUACAACUUCGAGAAGCCCUUCCUGUGGCUCGCACGAAAGCUGGUCGGAAACGCCACUCUUGAAUUCGUUGCUGCCCCCGCCCUUGCUCCACCUACCGCAACUGUUGACGCUGAGUUGCUCGCCCAAUACCAGCAGGAGAUGAAUGAUGCUGCCCAAAUGCCCCUUCCAGAUGAGGAUGAUGCCGAUUUGUAG